AUGUCCGAGCUCGACCCGCAAGAGCACAUCCGAAAGCAACGAAAUAUUGCCUCAGGCUACGCGCUCUCGAAUAUCAUCCAACAUGAACCGUAUUUCGACGCCGUCCUUCGACUCCUAACUACGCGCCUCGACGACUACUGCAAAUCGAGACAACCAAUCGAGCUUGACCGGUGGUUUACUUUCUUCGCAUUCGAUGCUGUGGGAGAGGUGAUCUUCUCAAAGUCCUUUGGAUUUCUGGAACAGGGUAAAGAUGUAAGGGACGCGAUCAACAAUCAGAGACUGUUGGCUCCCUAUGCAGCAUUUAUGGGCUACUACUGCUGGCUUCAUAACUUGACGCUAGGCAAUCCUCUGCUUAGCCGUCUAGGAAUCCAACCAUCUUCUCAUCUUUUCGAUACAUGUACCGCUGCUAUCGAGGCCCGCAAGAAGAACCCCGCGAAACGAGUUGAUAUGAUGCAGAAAUGGCUCGAUACUCGUGCCAAGUAUCCUGACCGGAUGGAGGAAGUUGAGGUUUUCUCUACUGCCGUCGGAACCCUCGGCGCUGGCGGAGAUACUGUGGCUGCUACGAUCCAGGCCCUUUUCUAUUAUAUGAUUCGCCAUCCACAUUACAUGGCUCGCCUACAGGAGGAGCUUGAUGCUGCACAGGCUAGUGGGGAACUCUCAGACGUCGUCCAAUACUCCGAGACUCAGAAACUACCAUUCCUUCAAGCUUGUGUAAGUUUGGUCCUGUUUCAAACGUUGACGUUCUGCUAA